AUGACUCCAAUCACGAUGCAGAGCCUUCCAAUGACAUCCCACGGCGGAGAAGAUGCCGUGUCGGAGCCGGCCCCCAUGGCCACCUACUACGACCAGACGCCGCCAAGCGAGGUUGUCGACCCGGAAGAGGACGUGCAGCACCUCCCGCCCAUCUGGCCCGGCCAGGAGCCGACCGUGGCCGUCAUUGGCGUCGGCUACGUCGGCGAGCACCUAGUCCACGCCUUUGCCGACCGCGGCCGCCGCGUCAUCGGCUUUGACGUGUCCGCCGCGCGCAUCGCCACGCUGCAGCGCUCCUCGACCGACACCGGCGCCGCCGUCUUCACCAGCAAGCCCAGCGACCUCGCCCCGGCCACGCACUUCCUCAUCGCCGUGCCGACGCUGCUCCUGCCCGACCUCCAGGUCGACUCGUCCUACCUCCGGCAAGCGCUGGCCGUCGUUGCGCGGCACGCCCGCCGCGGAAGCACCGUCGUCAUCGAGAGCUCCGUCGCCGUGGGCAUGACGCGCGCCCUGCUUGGGCCACUGGCCGCCGAACGGGGCUUCUUCGCCGGCAUGUCCCCGGAGCGCGUUGACCCAGGGAGGAGCGAGCCACCGGCGCGGGCCAUCCCCAAGGUCGUCGCGGGGCUCGACGACGUGGUGCCGGGCUCGGGCGAUGCCAUCGCGGCGCUCUACGAGGUCGCGUUUGACAGCGUCGUGCGCGUGUCCCGCCCCGAGGUGGCCGAGAUGAUGAAGCUCUACGAGAACUGCCAGCGCAUGGUCUGCAUCGCCUACGCCAACGAGAUGGCCGACGCCUGUGCCAGCCACGGCAUCGACCCGUUCGAGGUCUGCCGCGCCGCCGCCACCAAGCCCUUUGGCUACCUGCCCUUUGCCCCGAGUCUCGGCGUCGGCGGCCACUGCAUCCCCGUGAACCCCUUUUAUCUGUUUUCCACAGACGAGUUUCCGCUGCUGCAGAGCGCCACGGACAGGAUGCGCGCGCGGCCGGCGCUCCAGGCCCGCCGCAUCCUCGACACUGUGACAAGGCACACCAGCCACCACCGCCACCACCGCCCCAGAGUGCUGGUAGUGGGCAUGGGCUUCAAGGCGGGACAGGCACAUCUAGCCAACUCGCCAGGCCUUGCGUUGGCUAGGAGUCUGGUUGUGUCGGGUCAGGUCGAGGUGGCGUGGGCGGAUCCUCUGGUGACGCAGGAGAGUGUGCCGCAGAUAGCACGCCUGGCAGAGGAGAGUUGGACGGCGGGGUUUCUCAAGGAAAACUUUGAAUACAUUGUUGCAGCUGUACGCCAAAUGGGUUUAGACUUUGCAGUGUUGAAAAGUUUACCGCCCAAUAUGGUAGAAUGGUGGUUCGCAUAG